AGAUAUGCAAGCAUCGUAGAACUCUGGUUGGUCUAUGCUACCCCGUUACACCCAUCGGUUAGAUACCUGAAAAAGAAAGAAAUGUCUCACGAGAGUGAACAAAAGUUUGUCAAUUCUCAACCCCAUCAUAUUUGUUGCAAGAUCCUUGGAUUUCACCCAACGUCUUUUCAUGUGAAUUUUGUCUCUUGUAUCAAGUCAUGUAUUCUAGCCCUUCAUUUGAUGGUCUAAUCGGCUUUCAUCCAUCGUUUACUUCACUCCGGCCAUCGUCAUAUACGGCUCUUCUUCUCCUAGUCUCAUUGGGGCUAUAUUUCUACGUUCUCGGAGCUAUUAAAUACCGCGUAAGCCAUUUUACGUUCUUUUAUCCUAGAUCAUAUAUUCAUUUCACUACAGAUUGAUUGCAGCAAGAUACCGAGUUCGGGAAGAGGAGUGGAUGUCAACCAUCGUCAGCUAAACUCAUUUACCAAUGGCCUCUUGCACUGGAUGUAUUGAGGAGCGGUUUCAAAGCCGGACGUGAUAAAAGCUCCUAGCUUUCUUUACCAAACAUUUCGAUCAAUUGAAACCAACUUCUGAAGUAAAGAUCCUCGGAGGAAUUUGCUAUGUGACGCAGGAUCCUCAGAAUAUUGAGACAAUUCUAUCCUCGCAAUUUCAGGGUAAGAUAUCCUUACUUGGACCUUCGUAAGGGUACGUUGACUCCAUCACGCUAAUGGUAAAACCAUCUCAGACUUUCACCUCGGUCCUCGUAGUAUGGCUAUGACGGCAAUGAUCGGCGAAGGAAUCUUCACUCAGGAUGGUCCUGCUUGGAAGCAUUCCAGAGAAGUCCUGAGGAAGCAAUUUAUGCGAAUGCAGUACCAAAACCUGAAGGGCUUUCGCGAGCAUCUGGAAAACCUGAUUGGAAGGAUGAACAAUGCCCCUUCUGGAAUCACAGAUCUUCAGCCGAUGUUCUAUCGAUUAACGCUUGGAACAACGAUUGCUAGGAUUCUUGUCCAACCCGUCGAGAGUUUCGAGCAUGAGAUAGGUGACUUGUUUUCGAAAGCGUUUGACAAAGCUUCUUUAGUUACUGGAACACGGGCUAGACUUGGAGAUUUAUAUUUUAUCUACCGUCCCCGCGGCUUCUUUAAAGCAUGCGAAACAAUUAAAACGUAUACUUACCAGUUCGUCGCCGAAGCCUUGAAGCGGGAGUCGGAUUGUCCAGCGGAGUCCGAGAAAAGCUCCUUCAUUGCAGAUCUAUAUCAAGACAAGCAGAAAUUGCAACUGGCUGGGGAGCAGGUACUUAAUAUACUAAUAGCUGGACGAGAUACUACAGUCGCCACAUUAUCUUAUGCCUUGUUAGUACUUGGAUGUUUGAUUUCAUCUGGUCAUGGCGCUAACGCUUUCAAUCUAGUCACCUUCUUCUGGGCAACCCAAAGAUUCUAGAGUGUCUCCGUCGUGAGAUUGAUACCGUUGUCGGAGACGAAAAAGAAGUCACCAGAGUACAUAUACAGCAAAUGCCUUACCUACGCAAUGUUCUCCAAGAGAGUAAGGCAGACCAACAAGCUCUCCAGCCAGAUAUUCGCUGACGAGCAAAAUAGCCCUUCGAUUGUAUCCCCCAGUGCCGAUCAAUACUCGAUUUUGUCGGAAGACAACAACUCUUCCAGUGGGCGGUGGUCCGGACGGGAGCUCACCACUUUUUGUUCGAGAGGGAAUGCCUGUUGCAUAUUCAGUAUACCACAUGCAGCGAAGCAAAGACCUGUACGGCCCCCGCCCUCUAGCUUUCAGACCCGAGAGAUGGGAAAGCCAGGAGCUUAACAGCAUUGGUUGGGGCUAUCUUCCCUUCGAUGGUGGACCUCGAGUCUGUUUGGGAAGUAAGUCUGCCGAUCAUACCCUUCACACCACUAUAUGAUCGAAUCAUCGCUAACCGUGACAAUGAACAGAGGAUUUCGGACUCAUGCUGGCAUCAUGUGCAAUAGUGCGGGUUCUUCAGGAGUUUCCUGGCAUAAAAGUUGCUCCGGGUGAGGGUAUAGAUGAGCCUGGAACGGAACGUCAACAUCUCACUCUGACUUUGUCAAAUGCUCGAGGUUGUAGGGUGCUUCUUCGCUAAGGCCCAUGUCGACUCUUAGUACGAGGUAGAAUACAAGAUACCUGGUCAUUACUCUAUAUAAACGAUAUAAGUUAAGGAUUUAUUAUACCAAACUUCUAAUACAUGUAAAAUAAUCAAA